GUGCCCCGCGGCGGAAGCGGCGUGUCCCGGGCCGGAAGCGGCGGGCAGGCGGGCAGGGCGGCUGCGGCCGCGCUCUGUUCCCGCCCCGCUGCCAUGUCAGGCCGUUGCUGCCAGGAACAAACCCCCAGCCGCGAUAUCCCGGGCCCGGGAAAACGGCUCACGCUGCCCGACGGCGCCCCGUUGCCGCCCGGAGACUACAGCACCACGCCGGGGGGCACGGUGUUCGGGACCACGCCGGGCGGUACCAGGAUUAUUUAUGAUCGUAAGUUUUUGAUGGAGUGCCGCAAUUCUCCGGUUGCCAAAACACCACCUUCUGACCUUCCGGACAUUCCAGGGGUUACAAGCCCCAAUGUGGAGGAGUUGAAGAUUGAGAACAACCAUGUUCAAAAGUGCGAUGAGAAAGUCAGCCCAGCAGGUGAGGAGGAGCAGUUCGACAUGGACAUCUAAAGCAUCUGCCCCGAGAGUGCUUAUCCAUCCAAGAACCAGGACCUUGUCAUGAGGAUUCCCACCAGCCAGGCUUAAAAGUAGCCCAUGCCUUGAGUGCCUUCCUGCUUCCUGGGAAAGGCGGUCUCUUCCCUUCCGAGAACAGAGCGCGUCCUGUUACACGGGCUGAGCCUCAGCCUCUCCGUGUGGGUGCCAAUACCAAGCGCAGCCCCUGAUGAUGAUGGGCCUUGGAGUGCCAGAGCAGACACUCUCACUGAUUGGUUUUGUUUCCAGUUUUAUGCUUUUGUUAAUCAUUUUAAUACUGAAAAAGUUACAGGAAAUGCAAUAUAAGGGAGAAAUAAAAAUCAUUUUGAGUCUCCUGAUAUGGAGAUGAAUGCAAUAAACAC